ACGAGGCAACGGUUCUACUUACGUACCAUGUGUUGAUUCGCACGGUAAUCGCUCGACAAACCCCGCACCGCCUCAGCUCUUCAGCCUCUUCCCCCUCCCCAUAUGAGAAUGCGCGUGCCUAUCUCGCUGUGGCUGCUGGCCACGUUCGCCACUGCAGCCUUUGCCAUUUCAUGCUACGAAUGCGACUCGAUCAAUGACAAAUAUUGCGGCGAAACCUUCAUUCCCGACGACAUCGCGCAAACCGAUUGCGAUGCCCUGCAGGUGCCCGAACGCCUUCAACUCUACUAUCCCCAGCGACCCGCCACCGCCUGCCUGACGAAGUUCUACGAUGGCCUGCCGGGCGAAAAGUAUUUCAUUCGUCGUUCCUGCUACUUCGGCAAUAUAGCUGAUUCAUUGUUUACGUGUGACGAGCAUCCGGAUCCGUUGGUGCCGUAUCUUAAGUUCUUCGGCUGCUUCGCCUGCGACGAUGAUCUGUGCAAUGCCAGCGCUCGCGGCAUUAUAUCGUGGACUACAGUCCUAGCUGGCCUACUGCUUUGGCUUUGGAUGCACUGAGUUGGUAAUGAAGAAAUGAUUUAAAAAUAGUUUAAACAAUUGUAAUUAACCAACAACAAAUAACUGAAUGGUGAAAAGUAUGCAUUAAACGAUACAAUAUGUGUAUGUUCCUAAACCAAA